GUCAAUCUAAAUUGGACGCUUGACCAUCUAUGGGAGCAGCAGGAAUUAUAUCGCAACAUCCAAAGACUACAACUCAGAUAACAGGAGAGCUUAGGAAACUGUGGUGUGGAAAGACUGGACUGACAUGCUGGCUUCAGCCCUUGGCUAGGAGGCCUGUCUCCCUCCCUCCCUCCCUGGUGGCACCUUUUGCUGUUUCUUCUCCUCUGCCUCACCUCUGGAGAAGCUGAACAUGCACGCCUGGAAAGCGGUGAUUGGCACUCUGGCCUUUGUCAUCGUGGAUGUGACGGUGACCACGCUGCUGUACGAGCACAGCCGCAGUGCUGGCAGCAUCCUCCAAGACAUGAAGCACUUUAACAUCUUUGACUCCAUGCUGGACAUCUGGGGGGCCUGCCUGUACCGGAGCUGCUUGCUCUUGGGAGCUGCCAUCGGGGUGGCCAAAAACACCCACUACGGCCCCAAGCGGCUGAAAGUGUCCCGGACUUUUAUCCUGCUGGUCUGCCUCGCGGUGGGCAUUUACGCCCUGGCCAAGUUGCUGCUCUACUCAGAGGUGAGGAAGACCAUCAAGGACCCGUGGUUCUGGAGUUUGUUCGCAUGGACGUACCUGUCUCUGGCAGCCACGUUCUUUCUGUGGCAGCUGCUCGCUUCUGUGAAGCGUUCCAGGGAGACUUUGGGAAUAAAUUCGGAGUCUCGGACUGAAGCGGAAGAAUUGGGGGACCCCACGCCUCUUGGUGGCCAGCCAAAGAAAGAGGAGACAUCGGCAGCCACGAUUUGUAAACUGUUAUCUUAUACCAGGCCCGAUUCUCACCUCCUGGUUGUGGCCUUUUUCUUCCUGCUGGUUGCUGCUUUAGGAGAAACAUUCCUGCCCUACUACACAGGCCGGGCCAUUGACGGAAUAGUCAUCCAGAAGAGCAUGGACAAGUUUUCCACCGCUGUGGUGAUCAUGGCCGUUCUAGCCGUAGGAAGUUCAUUUGCCGCAGGUAUCCGAGGUGGCGUCUUUACGCUGGUCUUUGCUAGGCUGAACAUCCGGCUGCGCAACAGUCUCUUCCAGUCGUUGGUGGCACAGGAAAUGAGUUUCUUCGACGAGAACCUCACAGGUGACAUUAUUUCCCGGCUGACCUCAGACACCACCAUCGUGAGCGACCUGGUCUCGCAGAACAUCAACAUCUUCCUGCGCAACAUGGUGAAAGCCACGGGUGUGAUUGUCUUCAUGUUCAGCCUGUCUUGGCAGCUCUCCCUGGUCACCUUCAUGGGAUUCCCGAUCAUCAUGCUCAUGUCUGAUCUUUAUGGGAAAUACUACAAGAUCUCCCUGGUGAGCCAAGAGCCAGUGCUGUUUGCCCGGUCCAUUGCAGAAAAUAUCUCCUACGGCUUGGCGUCUGUUCCUUAUGACUCAGUUAUUCAGGCGGCCCAAAAAGCGAAUGCUCAUGCAUUUAUCAUGGAAUUGCAAGAUGGCUACCAUACAGAAGCCGGUGAAAAAGGAGCCCAGCUCUCUGGUGGCCAGAAGCAGAGAGUCGCAAUUGCAAGAGCGUUGAUUAGAAAUCCGUCGAUUCUGAUUCUGGAUGAAGCCACCAGUGCCCUGGAUGCGGACAGUGAGCACGCGAUUCAGCAGGCUAUUUAUGGAGACGUCCAGAGCCACACAGUACUGGUCAUAGCCCACAGACUGAGCACUGUGGAGAAGGCACACAGUAUCAUUGUUCUCGACAAGGGCCGUGUGGUACAGCAAGGGACACACAAGCAGCUGAUGGAAGAAGCGGGCCUUUAUUACAAGCUGGUGCAAAGACAGAUCCUAGGCCACAAAACCAGCACAGGGGACAGCUCUCAGCCGGAUGGCGGCUUGGCUGACAUCCGGAGAGAGUCUCCGAAGACCGGACAGGCAGAGGAGUUCCGGAUGUAAUGUCACAAGUCUGCAAUUUGGACUGGAAGCUCAUGUUAUUAAUAAAAAAACACUCAGGACUUUGGUUGGAAUCCCAUUAGAAGAGGAGUUCUCUUUAGCACAGGGUCUCUAGGGGUUUUUCCAGACAACGAGGUCUGUUUACAGUCUUAAGCACCGAGUGUCCUUGGGCACAGGAUUAUCAGCAGGCCCCGCUGAGCAGGCGAGAACCAGCAGGUCAGCAAUCCUCAAAGCAAUCCACGAGUUCUCGUAUCCUGCUAAUAUGCAUGCAAAGCUCGCUGUUAUUUAUAAAGAGGUGUGAUAUUUAGGCGCAUGCAUCACAGGGAAAGGACAGUGAAUCUUAUGGAUGGAUUGUGUGGACUGUUCAGAAAGCGAUGGUGUCGAACCGGGGCCUAAACAUGGGAUCACUCUAGUGCCUGUAGACAGCCUUUCUACUUGCAUGAAUGUUCUGCUGCACCUCAACUACGUGUGUGUAAAACGUUGACCAUCUGAGACACAGAUGUUUCCAAAACCGGUAGUUACAUCUAACUUCUGGUAUGCAACUUUACAAGGUGCGAUAUUCACAGAGUGGAGGCGUGUCCAUU